UUUGAUAAGAAACAGAUGUCUGUGCAUAUUGUUGCACAUUCUUCAUACUUUCCUCUACUGAAGAAACUUAGAGCUUUAAACAGCUCCAUACGUUCAUGGAAAAUUCAAUGCAGAAUAAUUAGAAAAGCUGAUCGAAUAAUAAGAAACAAACUUAUACCAUGCAUUCAACAAGCUUUUGACGAUUUCUUUAAAAGAAAAAGUAUAGAGGAACAAUGUACAGAAGAAUCUUUGAUACGUCUGCACGAAGCCUUUUUGACUUCAGAGAGCGAGGAAAUGAACAUUUCCCAAUUAUACGAUGCUUUCGAAAAUAUAUUACAUAUUAAGUUGUCGAUGGAUGAAUUUGAAAUACUAUUUAAAAAAGUGAACUUAAAAAGAGAUGGAAACAUUACGUGGGAUGAAUUUAUUUCUUAUUUAUUAGUGGAGUUUCAGAAAAAAGACACUGCUUUACAAUGGCAGAUAUUGCAACUUCCAAUAACAAGCAUGCCUCAACUUUUAAAAUCCCAUCAUCGUACACCUAUACACAAAAUUAUCUUUUGUCCCGAAGUUUUAUCUGACAGAACUGUAGGUUUUCAAAGGGGAUGUUACUUAACGGUAACUAAGGAAGGAAUCAUAAAUUAUUGGUCGUUGGAUUUAGAAUAUGUACGUAGCGUACAAUCUGUAAAUCCGUAUUUAAGAGUACAACAAACCUUAAUAACUGAUAUGAUCGUAAUGCCUGAUGUACAGAUAGUGUGUACGAGUUCUACUGAAUGCGAUUUGAGAUUUUACGAUACAGUGGCGAGAAAAUUUGAUCUUCGAGUAAUGAUAUCAGGCUUAGAAAAAGCAGUAACCUGUAUGAAUUACUACUUCAGUAAAAAUAUCAAAGAAGAUUCGUAUAUCGUACUCGGAGAUAUGAAUGGAUCUAUUAAAAUUAUCUCUUUUUGUCCUGUGGAUAGAGGACCAUUUAGUCAAGAACCUCAACGUGAUACUUGUUUCAUUCGUUAUGAAGCUGUUCUUAAGGGCGAAUUCCCAGGGAUGAAAGUUACAGAAUUUAAGAAAAUUCACACAGACUGGGUGAAGCAGGUAGCUUAUUACGAUAGUCUCAAAGCUUUUGUGUCCAGCAGCAGAUGUUGCAGUUGUUCUCUCUUAAUUAGCGAUCUCACAGGAUCAAGAAUUCAAUACAGAUUUAAAGUUAACAUGGGCAUAUCUUGUUUUACCGUUUGUGAGGAAAGCCAAACGUUGGUAACUGGUGGUCCGGAUUGCAUAGUUCGGGUUUGGAACCCCUUUGUGACAAAACGAGCGAACAGUACUUUUCAAGGUCAUCAUGCAGCUAUUUGUGCUUUGGUUACUCAAAAUACUGGAAAACGAGUGUACUCUUUAUCAAAAGAUAGAUGCAUCAAAGUGUGGGACGUAUUAGCUCAAUCUUGCAUUCAGACAUACAAUGGCCUGCCCAGCAAAUUAGGUGAACAUACAUCGAUGACCAUAGUUUACAAUUCCUUAAAUCACAAGAUGAUCAUUGCUAGUACUAUGAUUGCAGUGAUCAUUUGCGAACCUAUAGUCGACCAAGAAACGUCUGAUGGCUUUACUCACACAAAACCAGUCAGCUGUGUUUUAUACAAUCAUCUUUAUAAAGUGGUAGUUUCUACUGGACUGGACUCUUGUAUAAUAGUUUGGGACCCAUGGCUUGGAAAUCGUUUGUAUUUAGUAACGCAUGCACACAGUCAAUUCUUGUACGGUCAGUAUCACGAUGUUGAAAUAACUGCUGCUUGUUUCGAUGAAUCUGAACAGUUGUUAGUGACGGGUGCUCGCGAUGGAACACUAAAAAUAUGGAAUUUUAAUACGGGUACUUGUUUACGAAACAUGGCAGUUGAAAAUAAUUGCGAAAUAACAAGUUUAGCUUGGGUUGAAAGUCGAGUUUUAUCCAGCGGUUGGAAUCGUCAAGUUAUAGAAUUUGCGAUCUCUGAUACGAAUACAUAUAAAAAGAGUUGGGGAGUGAGGCAUACCGAUGAUAUUCUUUGUUCUGCCAUCUGGUAUCCCCAAGUCUUGGCAACGGCAACUUAUAACGGAGAAAUAAUACUUUGGAGAUUAGAAACGGGUCAACCCUAUAGAAAAUAUAAAGUUUACGAUCCAAUGACUAGAUUUAACGUAAAAUAUGAGAAGAGUGAGAAGACGAUUGAAUCAAGUAAAUUUAAGGAAAACGAGGAAGAGCAAGUUACUCUUAAAACCAGAACACGUUCUAAGGCUUCUAAACACCACGAGUCGAUAUUAAAUUUAAUAAGAACUGUUGCUGUUCGCGCUAUGAUAUUUUUAAGUACACGGCCUACAGGGCCUAAUAUUGGGACGUUAUUGGUAUCCCUUGACUCGGGUUUAAUACAAGUAUGGAGCCAUCAUCCUGCCGGUGGAUUUUUAGAAGCUUUUUCAGUUAUUCAUUCUGUAGGUGACUGUGCGUUAUCGUUAACAACCGAUCCUGGGAAUCGUUUCCUUGUAACAGGGCAUAACGCUGGAUACAUCAAAGUCUGGUAUCUUGCGAAUUACUUGAUACCAAAUUCUCCUAAGACAUGCAUGCCUCUUUUACGAUUAGAGUUUCCAUUUUUAUGGAAAGAUAAAAUAAACGGAAGAGCUAAGAGAGCAGUACGGAAUCAGGCUUUGCCACUGUUACUGUCUUCUGUGCGGGGGCACGAUAUGGCUGUCAUGUCCGUUCAAAUAAUUCCCGACGCACGUAUUAUUGCUAGUGGCAGCACAGAUCGCACAGUACGUCUGUGGACACUCGGAGGACGUUACAUAUCAACCUUUGGAACGUACAAAGCAUGGUUGCCAAUUUUACCUACAAUUCCAGCGUACAAGUAUUUCCAUGAUUACAGACUUCCACCAGAUAUUAAGAGAUUUGCUAGCUUUACGACCAUGAAGGUUCUCAAGGGAGGCGUCAGGAAAAUCGCAACUGAAUCUGAAACCGAUAUAUCGGAUUUUGAGAAAGCUUUGAUCCCUGAACGUCAACACCCCACGAUAGACGGAAGAAAGCUUACUAUUUCGGUUAUGAAUAAAUCAGUCUUGAUGCUUUUCUUCGAUUAUCCGGUGUUGGAUGGCUCUUUACCAUAUAUACCUAUAUACACACAUUUAAAAUUAAGACCUUUGGAAAUUGUUAAAACGCCAAAAUUACCAUCGCUUCUGGAAAAACAAAAAGAAUUGACGCAAGAGAAAGAUCAAAUUCGGACAAAUUGGUGAGCACUGAAUUAUACCAAUACUUGUAAUUAAUAAUGCUAAUAAUAAUAAUAAUAAUAAUAGUAAUAAUAAUCAAUACUACCAGUAAGAAAAGUAACUAUUUUAUGAGAAACUUGAGCGUUUUACCAUCGAUGAUGUUGACCAUAGAUUCAAACUAGACAGAGACCUUCCAUUAAGAGUCCAAUAAUUGUUACGAAUCAAAUAAAUCUUUUUGACAGUUUCUCAUUUAAUUUUAGUUUAUUAAAACAAGUAAUCUAACGAUACAGAGAAAUUCAACAAAAAUUUUGUUAAAAAAUUAUUACGGUAAAAUUUACAAUCUUGAUCUUAUGAUUUAUACAAAUGUUGUAUAAUUUAAGUUAAAUUCUACUUGUACUUUAACUUAAAUGGGACUGUUAAUCUUAUGUAUUCGUGUAUAACGUGUCACUCUCAUGUAAUAGCAUAAUUAUUUAUCACAUUAAAUUACAUUACUCUAUAAUUAUAUUUUACCCUUUUUUAUAUAGAAAAGAUUUCGAUGUAAAUACGAUUUUACAGACUAAUGUAUUUCGUUUAAUUGCACUUAGAUUUUUGUAACUUAUUUUUUAAAGAAAAAUACCUAUCUAUCUUUAAAAAAAAAUAAAAUCUGAAAAUUAUUGCAAUUUCAAUUACAAUUGGUCAGAGACAUUAUACUAUAUGUAUACUAUAUGAAAAAUUCAAACAAUUUAAUUGACAACAGUUUUAAUUAACCGUGAAAUUUGAAACAAUACGGCGAAUCGGUAUAUCGUAUAUACAUAUAUUUCUCCAUGAAGUAUACGUAGGAAUC